AUGCAUUCUCGCACUCCACGCCGCCACACUCGGCUCACCUGCCUCGCCAACUCUUCGCGAACCCUUGUCAACAGAGCCAGGAUGCCGCAGGAAACCGGCCGCUUCACGCCCCCAGGCAACGCCCUGGAGGAAGCCAAGUGCACCCAUGCUUCCCCCACACGUCGGGUAGCCGCCCCACGCCCCAGCUCGCCUCCCCACGCCCCUUCUGCCUCCACACCCCGCCCCAGCUCGCCUCCCCACGCCCCUUCGGCCUCCACACCCCGCCCCACUCGCUUCCCCAAGCCCCUUGCCCCCCACGCCCCGUCAAAGCGUCCUUCGCCUUCCUCCCCCUCGUGGUCCGGCGUCGCCCCCGCCCCCUGGCAACGUUCGCGUCCUCUGUCACCCUAA